AGAGGGGAAGUGCUCCUGCUGUGGAUAAGAGUCAACAGCGUUCGAUCUGCACUCGUCAAGCUUCCUCUUCUGUCAUUGUAUCUGUUUACAGCUCAAUCUACCCCAGCCAUGCGUCGAGUUAUGCAGUGAUCAAUUGCCCCCCUUCUUUCUGUUCGUUAUUGCACAUGAAAACAUGGCCCCUGUGGGCACCGAGUCUUCCUCGAGAGUGAGCGAAUCUCGACAGAGACCUAUUUUUUCGACACGGUCAGCCACAGAAGAUGCAACUAGAUUGGCUCCUAGUGAAUUGUCUAGAGACCCGUACGAACCUGUAACGACAGCAUCGAACUCAAACUCAAGACACUAUGCGAAAACGCAUGGCUUCGUUAAGAGAAUCUUCUCGCGGCUCUUUGGUUCUCAGGAUCAACAGGACCCCGGACCUGCCUCUCAGGACCAGACAAUGGCAGGAGAUACACUUGUGGAGGUGGAGAGGGAUACGAAGAGGGACCGUGUCCGAUCGCAAAGGACUGCAACGAGUCUUAGUGUGCAUUCCGACAAACUAGGUACUUUCUCGGGCGUCUUCGUGCCUACCACGUUGAAUGUGCUGAGCAUUUUGAUGUUCCUACGUUUUGGAUUUAUCCUUGGUCAAGGUGGUGUCCUGGGAAUGAUGGGCAUGCUUAUUGCUGCAUAUAUCAUCAACUUAUUGACUACAAUGUCCAUCUCGGCUAUCGCAACCAAUGGAACAGUACGUGGCGGUGGAGCUUAUUAUCUGAUAUCCCGUUCCCUGGGCCCUGAGUUUGGUGGAUCAAUUGGUCUCGUGUUCUAUAUGGGAUUUGUUUUCAAUACCGGAAUGAACGCAAUAGGCUUAAUCGACUGUGUAAUUGAGAAUUUUGGCCUUGAAUCCGGCUCAUGGUCAAACUUGCUGCAGGAAGGGUUCUGGUGGAAAUACCUAUGGUCUACAUUGGUUCUGCUUCUUUGCACAGCGAUCUGUAUGGCUGGGAGCUCGAUAUUUUCUAGAGCUAGCAAUGGGCUGCUAGCUAUUCUUUUAAUUUCAACAUUCAGUAUACCUUUCUCCGCAUUAUUCCAGCGCCCAUUUUCGUCUCCCCGAUUGGGUGUAGAAUUUACUGGUUUCCGAGCAAAGACCUUUUUGGAAAACCUCAAGCCUCAUCUCACAAAAGGAGCUGCUGGCAGCGAGAUGAGUCGUCGUGAGACAUUUCAAGAUCUAUUCGGCAUAUUGUUUCCCGCUACUGGAGGAAUUUUUGCUGGAGCGAGUAUGUCUGGAGACUUGAAAAAUCCUAGCAAAUCGAUUCCCAAAGGAACACUUUCGGGACUGCUUUUAACCUUCAUCACAUACACAAUUGUUAUCCUGUCAAUGGCGGCAUCAAUCACCAGACAAUCAUUCUAUAAUAACGUCAACGUAAUACAAGUGACAAAUCUAUCCGGGCUCGUGGUGCUACUUGGGGAGUUUGCUUCCACGUUCUUCUCAUCUUUGAUGGGGGUAAUUGGUUCAGCCAAACUACUUCAAGCGAUUGCACGUGAUAAUCUGGUCCCUGGGCUAGGAAUCUUCAGCCAGGGAAACAAAAAGAGCGACGAUCCCACCUACGCAAUACUUUUUACUUACGUUGUAGCCCAGGUGACCAUGCUUUUUGACAUCAAUCAAAUUGCUUCAUUCACCACCAUGACAUACCUAAUGACCUUCUUAGCAACAAAUCUUGCUUGCUUUUUACUGAAGAUUGGGUCUGCACCAAACUUCAGGCCGUCCUUUCACUACUUCAACUGGCAAACUGCAGCUGUGGGAGCCGUGUUUAGCGUUGCCUUCAUGUUCUUCGUUGAUGGAGUUUACGCUACAGGAUGCAUCAUUGUUCUGCUGUUUUUGUUUGUGCUCAUCCAUUAUACUUCUCCUCCAAAGUCAUGGGGCGACGUCAGUCAGAGCUUAAUCUAUCAUCAAGUAAGAAAAUAUUUACUUCGACUCAGGCAGGAGCAUGUCAAGUUCUGGCGACCUCAGAUUCUUCUAUUUGUGAACGAUCUAGAGUCACAGUACAAAAUGAUUCACUUUUGCAAUUCGUUGAAGAAAGGCGCUUUGUUUGUGCUCGGUCACGUUAUUGUGACAGAUGAUUUUACGGGCGCUGUUCCAGAAGUCCGUCGUCGACAGACCGCUUGGACGAAAUUUAUCGAAUAUUCAAAAGUGAAAGCGUUCACCAGCAUAACAGUAGCCCCUACACCUGAGUGGGGAGUGAGGAAUAUUGUCUUGAACUCAGGAUUAGGUGGCAUGAGACCAAAUAUUGUGAUUAUUGACCAGCACCGACCUCAUCAAAGCCUUGCAGAAGUUCUUAAUCCGAAACGUGGGAGACGUUCUUCCCAAAGUGCUGAUAUAAUAUUUCAUGGACGCGGAUCCGACAACAGCGACUCUACCUCGUCUCAUCCCCAAACCUCGAUGACCGCAAAAGCCUAUCUUACAAUUCUUGAAGACUUACUUUUCAAGUUGCGGAUCAAUUUUGCCGUUGCCAGGGGGUUUGAGAACCUUGAACUGCCAAACCCGAAAGGGGAGAAUCAGAAAACUUUCAUUGACCUGUGGCCUAUUCAAAUGUCCGCUGAGCUUGCCGCUGAUCGAGAAAGUAAACAGAAUGUCUUGACGACCAACUUUGAUACCUAUACCUUGAUCUUACAGCUGGGAUGCAUAUUGAACACGGUAGCGUCAUGGAAGAGAUCUUACAAGCUUCGCGUGUCAGUAUUUGUGGAAUAUGAGAGCGAUGUGGAAGAAGAGCGUGGAAGAGUUUCUGCACUACUAGAGAAGCUUCGUAUCGAAGCGGAGGUGCUUGUCUUCGCUUUGGCUAACGAGGACCUGAAAACGUACCAAACAAUCGUCAAUGGUGAAACUUCACUUGUCGAUGACAGUGUCGUAGAGGAUGUAAAUGAUGUCCUUGAAAAUGAAACGUGGUGGGCGGAAAUCCAGGAAUAUCGAGACAGGGCUAGAGAACCCCAAUCAUCUAGACAGGCAAGCAGGCAGUCAGGAGAAAGACAGCGUUGGCCGUCAACGCUGUUCCAACAAUCAGGGCACCGCCAAGCAUUACCGCAAUUUGAAGGCAUCCAGAGAUUAGUGCGAGCUGGCAAAGGGCAAAGAAGAAAAUCGAUAUCUAGUUUCCGAGGUAUGAAUGUCAACCUGGGUAUGCAAACAAGCAGACUGCUCGACUCGCUGGUAGACUAUCGCUCCGAUGAAAGUGAGGAUUCUGUCAGUUCAGGAGACAGCGAUUUCGAACCUUACGUGAGCGAUGGGGAUGAUGAUGACGACGGAUCUACAACACCGCGUUCCAAAUUUGCUGCCCCUGAAUCCGUAAAUGAUUUAGAAAGUACACAAUCAACACCACGAGCAAACACAACCCUUGACGACCAAAUCGGCACCGGCACGCGUGUCGCGGAUACAACUCCCUCACGACCAAAAGCCAGUCGAGUGGCCUCCAGUAACCGAUUCACUUCAACACCGAUCCCCGAGACCCGGGUCAACCCAACGGAAGGAAUUGGGCCUUCAAUCAUGUUCUCCGACUCACCACCCGCCGGCCGGCCAUUAUCAUCAUCCAGCGACCCCGAGUCCCCGACAUCCAGCACAUCCACCUUAUCACCACGCCGCGAAUCGAUAUACACCCAUUCCCGCGCGAACCCUCUUCAUCAAACCCAAACCCUAUCCCCGACCGAGGGCUCUUCUCCUGCAUCAGGCUAUCCCCGCCAAGCCGCCGUACCGCUCUCCUUCAACGACCUCCCCUGCCGCGCCCAACAUCUGAUCCUAAACGAACUCAUGACACGACAAAGCGCCGACACGGCGGUCAUGUUCACCACGCUCCCGUCGCCGGUCGAAGGCACCUGUCUCGAUGAAUCCGGUAGUGAGGAGUACGUCAGUGAUCUAGAGAUUCUCUGUCGGAGACUGCCGCCUUGUUUGUUGGUUCAUAGUAAUAGUAUGACUGUGACGAUGAACCUGUAGCAUCUGCAUCUACACCAAUUUAUGUCGGAUUAAUUCAGCUUUCUUAGGGGCCGCCCGUAGAUAAUACAAAACGUUCAACUAUUAUUAAUAUCGAUAUGGGGAGCGCUUCUUUACCCAAUCCACUUUUGUGGUGCUUAACAUGGGCAGCUGCUGGAUGACGGUUAUGGUCGGGCCAUGACAGAGCAUUUUUUUCGUGCUCAUAUAGUGAUAUGGUUAAAAGCAGGUCAAAACAAUAUAACAUUAUUCAUUCAAAAU